CUCAUGCGCAACACGGCGAGCCUCUUCGCGCCGACGAGCACGCUCGAAUGCGCGCUGCGCAAGAAGUGCGUUCCGUGCUGCUACAAGCUCCUCGUCCAUGGCACGCCGGACAUGGAGCCCAACCAGCGCCCGGAGCUUUGCCCGCGCUCGGCCCUUGAGGUCCGCCCGUCGCCGGUCCUGCUGACGCCGACCAUGGGCACACUCGUCGUGCAGGACCCGGCGCUCUCGUUUGCGUGGGCGAUCCGGUCGCACGUGGCGUCGCUGCAUGUGAUGCUCGCCGAAGCCAAGGCGACGAUCUUCAAGACGCAUCCCGAGACCUCCAAGCGCGUCAAGAAGCUCGACAACAAGGUGCAUUUCGAGUCGGCGAUUGCAGACGUUGGCGACUUUGGCACGUUUGACUGCGUCGUGUGGAACUUUCCCAAGGUUGACGACGCCGAAGCGUUCUUCGAGCACGUGCGCAUCACGGAUGAAAGUGGCCAAAUCCACAUUUCGUGCCCGCUGGGCCAAAGCGCCGACUUUAUCGCGGCGGCCGCAAGCGCCGGCUUCAAGCACCUGGGCACGCUCGUCUUUGACCGGUGCUCGUUUCCGGGCUACAAGGUGUCGCUCGAGUGCGAGACCCUUGUGUUUGCGACAAGCGCCUCGAAAACGGAGGUCUUUGACUCGUCGAUGGCUGCUGACAACUGCGGCACAUGGACGCCGGAGCAUUGGACGGCGGCGCCAACCGUUGUGCCCGUGACCCCGACCGUGCUUGCGAGCGUCGAGGCCCUUUUGUGCGACAAGAGCAACUUUCCUAAGAAGGAAAAGCCGGUCAAGAAGACCAAGACCGAGGACGACAGCGAAAUCUUGAGCAAGUUGAGCAAGAAGAAGGCGGCACAGAAGAAGAAGAGGGACGAGAACGACGAGGACGAAGUCGAUUACGUCGAAAUGUACAACCUCAAGCCAAAGGGCAAGAAGCACAAGGUGCUCCGGAAGCUCGACUACGAGUCCAACCAAGAGGGCAAGCUCCGCCCGACCAAGCGAAAGCUUCCCGUCCGAAUGGAAAACGGCAGGGCCAAGAUGGGCUGGUAAAGGCCAUCAACGAGGAUGCUCUUUGGCGCCUCUACAUAAUCGGAAAAUCCAACUAUAAGAACUUGCUAC